AUGGCAGCACCACCGCCACUUCUCAAGACCUACAAUGACGCCUUCGCACUUGUGGAAAGGGACCCAUACCAACAGAACUAUGGCCCACUCUUGCGAGCCUUCAGGAGCAACAAUGCACCACCAGACAGCGACGAGCUCUACUUCCGCGUCGCCAGCUCCGACACCUCAUACCCGAAUGCCUUCCUCUGCGUUUUGCGAGACGACGAUGGGCCCACCUACUGUGUUGUCCAUGCUGUCUCCAGCUAUCCAAGCGUAUUGGGUCAACCAUCAAAGUGGGAUGAGCUGACUUUUGGUUUUGUUGGCGACGUCGUGGCCGGAUCCAUCACAACCGUGGAAUUCCCCUUCGAAGCCUUCACCAUCCCGGCCAACUACACCAACGUACCAGGGUCACUGGAAAGGGCAAGAGAAAUUUUGGACGACAAUCCGGAAUUCAACAUGAUUGGUCCAUUCCCUGAUGGCGACGCCAACAUCCAACAGUGUCGGGCCCGACCUUUCUUCCCUUUGCCACCACGAUAUGUGAAUAUCUUCCUGGGACAACGACUGCCAAUUCGGGAAGGAUUUGUUAAAUUUUCUGAGCGACUCACUCAUGGAGACCGGAGAUCACCAGACCUGCCCAGAACUUUCAGAAUGGCUCCUCCUGUCCAUUACCCAGAAGACUAG